AUGCACAGAAGUGCCUUGGACCAUCAUGUUUGCCAUGGCAAUCUGCUCAACACUGACGGAGCUUCACGUGGUAACCCGGGUCUGGCUACUGCGGGCGGGGUUCUGAGAGAUGGCGAGGGAAGAUGGCGCGGAGGGUUCGCGAUUAAUAUUGGCCGGUGCUCUGCGCCGUUGGCGGAACUUUGGGGUGUAUACUACAGACUGUACAUGGCGUGGGAGAAUAGGUGUACAAGAGUCGUUCUGGAAGUAGAUUCGGCGUUGGUGGUAGGAUUUCUUCAGACAGGGAUCCCCUGUCUUUCCUGGUACGUCUGUGCUAUGGCUUGA